AUGGCACAGCUAAAAAUCCUGUUUGCUGAAGGCAAACGGUUAUUCGAUCUGUCUAAAGAUGCGCAAGCUCUGUAUGGACGACAUUUAAAUUUUAAAAUUCUCGACAUCGGCUACACUUUCAUCAAGGCUACCAUUGCAAAUACGGACCUUAUGACUGAGCAAGCAACAUUACAAAUAUUUGAGCUUGCCUGCAUCUUUGGAAAAUCGAGUCUCGGUAAAGUUUGUUCAAGUAGUAUGGAAAACCGUUUAGAUCUGAUUAGUUAUUUUGUAGACGUGGGUGAAUACGAAAAAGCGGACCAAACCUUCAAUGAAGCUAAGGAUCUUCAAAUUAACACAUGGAACUUGAAUCCUGAAAUUACAUCGAAAUACCAUGAACUACAGUUCAUAUUGCAUUUCUACCUGGCGGAAAUGUACCUGUCUAUGAACAACAGUCAAGCUUGUAGUUUAAUGGUCGACAUUGCAACUCAAUAUAUCAAUGAGCUCACAACAGCUAAACAGGUGCAAGACUUGUGUGCUAUCUGUCUGCGAGCCAUCAUUUACUGUUUACGCAGGAACAACAUUGAAGAAGCAUUCAUUUGGAGUAAAGUCAAUUUCUUCAAAGUGGAAGACAAGGCACUAGCUAGUGGAGGGGUACUAGCAUCUUCUUUAAGAUACUUCAAGAUAUCUGUUUCAGACAUGUUGCUGCACUUGAUGAUAUUGAAGUUAAAGAUGAAAUACUUUGGUACAAACGUUGCAAGUCUAUACGAAGCUUACCAAGAUGCUAUGUCGCAGAGUCGGCUGACAGACAGAAAUGUCAACAUGCCAGAAAAGUUAUUCCAAGGGUUGGACCAGCUGAUUGUAAAGAAUGCUGUACACAUUGGUCAGUCUUUGCGUAAAGAAAACUUUGAAACGAUUCACAUUGUCAAAUUUCAAAUCAUCGCCAUCCAUAGCAUCAAAAAUGAUUUGGAAGAUGUGACAGUUUACAGCAUUUGCAUGGUAAAGGCUUAUCGCACAGCGGCAUUUUGUUUCGAAUGUACGGAGACACUUUACGAUUCUGAUGCCUGGGGAGAUACAAAUUUGAUGAUGUUGCGAAGAAGGCUGGCUUUAUGUUACUAUGAGAAUGAGCAGUGGGAUUUAGCGGAGGAAACUCUAGAAAGAAAUUUACUAAGGCAUCCUUCUGAAAGAGAAGCAGUAGAUAUCAUUCUUAUGAUACAAGCUCUAUUAGCAAAUAACGAGCUUAUUGAAGCAUCGGCUUAUUUACUGUGCCUCCCUAAAAGCAAGGGCUACAAUAUCAGCAUGUCAGACUUCAUCACAGAUGUUCAGAAGCACUUGAAUAAUUAUACUCUAAAUUAG